GACGGAAGUAUGAAGGAUUGAACUCUCUUGCCACACUUACGAACACAUGACAAUAAGAAUGGCUGCCUCCUGCUCGUUGGUGUGUUGUGGAGAGGAGCGAGACUCCGAUAAAGCGGUUAUAGUCCGCUUUUCAAAUGGCAGUGUAAAAAAUGCAGAGAAAUUGGAUUUUACGAUGUACAAAAACGCAGACGAGAGUAACCAAAGGAAGAAAAGCAGAAGGAUAUUGGUUGCUGAAGCAGACAGGCUGUCCUAUGUUGGAAAUAAUUUUGGAGCAGAGUCCUUAAAAUGCAACAGUCUUUGCAAGUAUUACGUGGGAGUGCUGGACAAACAGACCAUGCAGAUGGAGUUGCAUAGUGCUCAGCUCUUCAACAUGCAACCUCUUAUACCAGGAGAGGCAACAGAAGCGGCAAAACCGCAGGACACUACACAGACCUACAGAGACAAGGUUGACUCUCUCAUUGAGGCUUUUGGCACCAACAAACAGAAGAGAGCUCUGACUUCUCGUAGACUGAAUCAGGUGGGCAGUGAUACUCUCCAUCAAGCAGUGGCUAAGGCUGCUAACACUGUGAUUGACCAGAAGGGUCUGGAAGCUCUGCAACAGGAAGUGGCUGACACAGAGUCCCAGGCAGACCUGGCUCUCCACCUGCCUCCCUUCAGUACAGACGCAGACAAACCUGAGAAUGUUUACCUAUUCGCCGAUAUCCUGAGUCCAGUGGAGUUUGAGGCUUUGAAUCAGGCUGGUUCCAAGAUGGCAGCACUCACCCCUGAAGAGCUGCAGAAAAUGAAAGAUGAAGGAGGGCGCCUGUCUGUCGUGAAGCACCUAGAGAACAUGUCGAGUGUAGGAGAAGACAGAGAGAAAACGGCUCAAUGUGCCUUUUACCUUUCUCUGCUCCUCCAACUCGCACGGCAGAGGAGCAUCACCCGCAAGUUCGGCCAGGAGGAAGGCUGCCCUCGCAUCAUUCAGAGCAAACUGUUAAAAACAUUCACAGUGGAGACUUUCAACAAUGGCAGGGUCCAGAACAUGUUGUCGGCAUCAAUGCGUGCAAAAUUAGCAGCAUACUGCUUGGCUCUGCUGCUGCAUAUGGGUCACAUGACUGCUGACCUCACAUUACUGCACCGUGACCUGGGAAUCACUGAGGCAAGGAUGACUGAAGUUGCCAAGUCGAUGGGACUGACCCUAGCUAAGUCGGGCCGGGGGAAAGCUGACGACGCUGAACUGCGAGACGAGCACAAAUAUGCCUCGCUUGUUCUACCUCUGGUCAAAUAUGAGCAGUUCACAGAGAGAAGGAAACGCAAGAAAAUGCACUGAGCACCGCAAGAGGGAAGGAAAUGGAUAAAGAGAGGACUAUAAAUUCCAAAUGCCACAAAAACAAGAACUGUUUAUUAAUGCAUUUGGUAAACAAAUAAAGUGAUGAGUGAUUACUUUUGAAUUAUACAUGAUGCUGUUACUUAGGGCUUGCUGUGCAAUAUACAAAGAAUCUGAGUAAUGAGGUGUAAACAAAUUCUAGAUGACAGAAAACAUCUAGCUUAGACGGUUAAAACGUAUAGGCACAUCUGUAGACAUCACAUAUUGCACACUGAAAAUAUUUUUUCCUUCUAUAACUGACUAUUACCUGGUGAGUCUGUGUGGUCGUUUAUCACUUGGCAGUGUGCUGAUAGUGUCUGGAAUGAUUUCUUGUCUUGCCUCAUUGAAUUUUGUACAAGAAGUCCAAGAAAGCUGAAUUGCAUCACUUAAACAAAAAAAGAUGAGAAUAUGAUACAAUACAGACUCACUAGGAAACGGAACAGCUCCGUGCAAGAGGCAAGAAGCUAGAGUUUGGCUUUGUUCUUUUUUUUUGCAUAUGCACGUUAUGCUAUGACAACUCCUUCUCUAGCUACAAUCACUGAUUGAAUAAAAAAGUCAAACAAGGCAUAGUUUGUCUUUGAUACAUGGUUGAAGCUGCUUUGACUCCUGCUAGGAUUUAAAAACGUGCACUUCCUAACCAGUCAGUCGCUGAAGCGCACUAAUAGAAGAAGACUACAGCAACUUUUAUACGUUAAUAUGAAGUCUGUUCAAAAGAGGACAUUAAGUUAAAGCUUUCGUGUGGAAAUGGUUGUUGAAGAUGUAGAAUGAUGCUAAUAAUGCUUGAAUGUCUUGUACUCCAGCUUCACGUCAUUAGUCCAAAUUUGAUGAGUGCAUUGUCAUUUAUGAUGAAAUUUUAAAAAGUCAGAUUACAGAUUUACAAAAUGUACCAUCAUAAUAUAAUGUUAGGUAAAUGGCCACUAUAGUGGUUAUAAUUGGUGCAUCUUCUUUCUUCUUGGACUCCACCCAAAUGGGAGGGUGUCAUAGAAAAUCGUCUUUGAGGUCACAGUGGAAAAGAGUCCUGUAUGCAUCACACCAAAUGUGACCAGAUGCUGACCUCUCGGCAAAUUCGCUCAUUAUA